CAAAUUUGGACUCAGGAUUUCCUUCCCUCCGCCCCACAAGUCAACACACGUGCCAAGCCCACCACCCACUAGCAGCUCCCAAAAAUGAAGUUCAGGUGAUAAGUUCUAGAAGGUUCACGACUUACGGCAGGCCAUGUGCGGUCUAAGCUUAGACUUUUCUCGUCUCGCGUUAUCCAUCGAGCUAUAGCAAUGAGAGGUGUCAAACUUCCUCGCCGCUUAGGAGGCUCGUUAGCUAGUUUAGGGUCCGUACGCUUCUCCCGGUGGCAUUGGCUGAAAAUUGUUCUGCUCGUAGUCGCGGCAUUCAAUGUCGACGCCAAGAAACAUAACGUCCCGACGGGCGCCUCCCCAGAAGAAGCAAACGCGCUUCUCGCGUUCAAGGACCACCUGUACAGCCAACGGUCCUUAGAAUCAUGGGACCUAGUGAAGCAGCCGAACUACUGCGCGUGGGAUGGCGUUAAAUGCUCGGACGAGGGAUACGUCAAGAUUCUGAGCUUGAAGCAGAUGGGGCUGGUGGGUAACAUUUCGCCGGCGCUCGCGAGGCUGUCUCGCCUCAAGUCCAUCAACCUGCACCGCAACUACCUCUUCGGCCCCAUCCCCGCCGAGCUCGCAGGGAUGAAGUCCUUGCGCCAAGUAAAGCUAAGCAUGAACAGACUAACAGGCACGCUUCCUGCCGCCUUUGGCCGAAGCAGCCUCUCAACUCUGGUGCUCUUCAACAAUAACCUCACAGGGCCCAUCCCAGACACCUUCGCCAACGCCAUUCGAGUCAAGCAAAUUCGGCUGGGCUUCAACGACAUGACUGGCCCCAUUCCCACCUACCUGGGCGACUUCACCAACCUCUCAGUCAUCUCGCUGCCGGGGAACGGCUUCUCGGGGUCCAUCCCCUCGCAGCUGGGCAGGCUCUCCACGCUCCUGGGGCUCACUCUCGACCGCAACCCGCUUUCUGGCGGCAUUCCCGACGCGCUCUUCAACUGCCACUCCCUCCGCAACAUCACGUUGAACCAGACGGGCCUGUCGGGCACCAUCUCGCCGGCCAUCAGCGCGCUCACGGACCUCGCCCUGCUAGACCUGGGGGGCAACGCCUUCUCCGGCUCCAUCCCCUCCGAACUGGGCAGCCUGAAAAAGCUGCGCCUGCUCGACCUGCAUGGGAACAAUUUUACGGGCACCUUACCGGACACGAUAGGGCAGCUGACGAACCUCACCCUGCUGGACUUGAGCUUUCUGCCGGGGGUGAAUAGCAGCGUGCCGGCGUCCCUGUUUGGCCUUUCCUUGCUGAAAAGAGUGGAUUUCACCAACAGCAGCUUCUACGGCCCGCUGCCCAACGGCCUCAUUGCCGCUCUGCCGGCUGAGGCGUUCUUCAACCUCUCCAAUAACUACUUCUCGGGGGCUGUCACUCCAGCUCUCAUGACUCGCAUCCAGGCCAACAGCUCACUUGCGUCCACGCUGUACGGAAACUGCCUGUCGUCCAGCCCGUCGUCCCCCGCGUACCGCACAGAGUGCGCCACUGUCUCUGACAACAUUUGCUUUCUGCAGCACCAGCGCCCCACCUACCAGUGCCUGCCCUACGAUGCCUUGGGCCAAUCCUCUUCCUCUUCAUUCCUCAACACCACGCUAGCAGUGGUGAUGCUGGUGCUGCUCGCAGUGGCCGUGGCAAUGGGGGUGUGCUACGCGUGUGUGAAGCGCAUGAGGCAGGGCCGGCCCAAGGCAGUGCCACCCCGGGCCAAGGUGGUGGUGAAGGCGAAAGAAUACAAGGACGUGGAGACUGGGGAGAUCAAAGCGCCCCCGCCAGACACAUACCUGCCGGGCAUGCCACCAGACAUCCCGCGCUUCUCCUUCACGCAGCUGAACGAGGCCACGGACUGCUUCACGCACCUCGCCAACACCAACGAUCCCCGCGCUAUCUACGACGCCACCUUCCUCCUCCCCCCCAUCGCUCCUGCCGCCGCUGCCACUGCUGCCGCUCCUGCCAACUCUACUUCUGCACCUGUUGCUGCUGCUGCGGCAGCAGCGCCUGUGGUGGGGGGGGGCGGGCAGGAGCAUCUGUCAGUGCAGCUGGUGAGCUUCCCCGGGGUGUACCUGGACGCGAUGAAGGAGGAGUUUGUGGCGCGCGUCAAGCUCAUCCACGCCGCGCGCCACCCCUGCCUCUUCGCCUUCCGAGGAUAUGCAUACGAGGAUGGAAACUUCGCCCUCGUGUAUGAGCCCACCCGGGAGACGCUCUUCGACCGCCUGCAUGAGGCGAGUGGCGCCCCUCUCACCUGGCGUGAGCGCAUGGUGAUCGCUCUAGGAGUGGCUGAAGGCUUGGACUUCCUCCACUCCUCCUCCACCUCCCACCACACCCCUCCCAAGUCCUCCACCACCCCUCCCCACGCCGCCACUCCUCUCCAUCACGCCUCCACCUCCCCCAACUCCACCACCCCCCUCAACGACCCCCACAUGCCCCCCCUCUCGGGCCACGAGGGCAGCGCGAGUCUGAGCGUGGCAGCCGGCACUCCUCUCGGGUCGGCACGAGGGGACGCAGGGCAGCAGGCGUGGCGCGGGGGCGUUGUGCACGGGGACGUGAAGUCGUGCAACGUGGUGAUCACGGCGCACAGCAAGGGCAAGCUCGCCGAGUUCCAGGUCCCCUGCGACGACGCGGACGACCCGCUACGGUCCAUCUCGGCGCGCGGCUCCUUCGGAUACCUGGACCCGCAGUAUGCCGACACCAAGCGCCUCACUGCGGCCAGCGAUGUGUACUCCUUCGGCAUCCUGCUGUUUGAGCUGGUGUCCGGGCGGCGGGCGAUGCUGGACGACUCGAGCACGCUGAUCGUGUGGGUGCAGCAGUUCUUCAUGCGCCGGGACGAUUACCCGGGCCUGCUAGACGGUGCGCUGGUCACCAUGGGCGGCGUGCCGCCCAGCCAGCUGGUGCCCGUGAUUGAGCUCGCGCAGGACUGUACUCAGGUGAGGGAGGAGAGCCGGCCGACCAUUCAGCAGGUGCGGGAGGUGCUGAUGUCAACGGUGGGGGUGGAGGGCGGGGAGGUUUACGAGAGUGGGAGUGUGGUGGGGUAUGGCGACGGGGAGAGCGACACCACCAUCAGCCACCUGGAUGAGGGGCUCGUGGCGAGGCGCGCGGCGGACCACGCUGCUCUCGAGUCCGCUGCUGCGGCUGUGCUUGCUGCGGUUGCCGCAGGGGGGGCGGCCAGGCAAACGCUAGAGGUGUACGACCAUAGGGUGCACUCGCAGGGCCAGGCUCAGCCGCAGCAGCAGCAGCAGCGUGGGGAGAAGUCAGGUGGAGAGAUUGAGAUAGAGAUGAUGAGCGAGGGGAGUGAGGAAGAGCCGUGAGAAAGAACAAGAGGGUUGGUGAGGCAGGGAGGAAGGGUGGGCUCCCAAUUGAGGAACAAGGAGCCAUGGAGACAAGCACUUGCGUCAUGCUGUAAUUAGUCCGCUGCCCUUCCCACCUCCUGCUGCCGUUUCCACCCUCCUGCUGGCAUGGCAGAAUCAGCUCAAAGCUCCCGCUGCUCCUCAACAGCAUCCCUGUCUAGUUUAUUGCUUGCUUUAGCUUCUUUGAACUCCUAACGGACUAGCUAAUUGUGGUGUAGAUGCGUUGCUGGGUUGGGUUGCGACAUAAGGCAGCCAUGGCUGCCUGUAUCUAGUCUACGGUUAAGUAGUCAUACCUCAAUCGUGGGUUUUUGAUUGCCCACUUAUCAGUAGAGGUACUAACCUGAUGAUUAGUAAUUGGAUAGCCUACUUGUCCCGACAACCCAUCCUGCAUGUUGCUUAGCAGCCAA